AUGAAUAAAUAACAAAAAAAUAGAUCUCUUCCUCCUUAAAAAUUUUCUGUUCAUCAGAAAAUUCAUGAUUUUUAAGAGAUUGAGCAUUGUAAAUAGGCAAUCAAAGAUAUUAUUUAGAAUACAGAAACUGAAAAUAAGCCAAAAUAAUAAUAACACAAAUCAGUCGAUAAGACUUAAUAAUAAAAGAAGUAGAUACAUUCCACUGUAUAAGAAUAUAAUGAAAAUGUUGGAAAAAUGUUCACUUCAACUAAAUAUGGGGUUUAGUACAUGUAAAAAAAAGUUAUGCAUAAUAUUGAUUAACUAUGA